AUGUCUGACAUGAUGAUCCCAGAUGAAUUAAUUGAAGAAAUUUUUUCAAGACUUCCUGUAAAGACCCUCAUAAGAUUCAGGUGCUCAUCGAAACCAUGGCAAGCCGUAACUGGCAGCCCAGAGUUCAUCAGAAAAAACUUGACCAAUUCCUCCAGUUACACCCUUAUCCAAGGAAUUACCAAGGACGUGGAUGACGAGGAGGAAGAAAAAUACCUUUACUCUACAGAUUAUGAUUCUUUCCUCAAAAUAGGCUGCGCCAAUUUCAAUGAACUCAAUCUUCUAGUGCCAUGCCCCAGGUUUGAUGAAAUAUUGGGUUCAUCCAAUGGACUGCUUUGUGUAUGGAAAGAGAACCUUUGGAAUGAAAUGAUGUUAUUUUGUGGAACCCAUCAACUAGAGAAUAUCGACGUUUACCGUUCUCUGAGAUUAGAAGAACUGAUUGCAAAUGCUGCUGAUAAUACUAUAGUUCAGGUUAAUCGUUUGAAGUUGGAUUCUUGGCGAAGAGUUCUAGAACUUCCUUAUCAUUUUGAGUACUCGAAGAACGGAAAGCUUGCUAAUGGCACAUUGCAUUGGGUCGUAAAGGCGACUUCACAUCUCAAGUCUGAGGAACUUAUUGCUGCAGUUGAUCUGGCUAGUCAGCCGCUACUGUGGUGUGAUCUUGAGAGUGAGUCAGUAAGUUAUCCAGAGACAGAAGUUUCUUGUCAUCCUAACAAUGAACGUCCUCUUGCUGAUGAGUACUUUGAAUUGGGUAUAUUGUUGCAAAGCCUUGUUAAGCUUAGUGGUGAGAGUUGCGAGAGUUGCAGAACAAACAAGAAAUCUCGAAAACUGAGAAGGAAGAGAAGAACUUGA